CCCCCGCGCCGUGACCCAUUUCGCCGAACAAAGGAUUCGCGCUGGAAUCUCGCUCAGCGCCGGGACCUAAAAUGGCGCCGGCGCGCCCGCCCCCGCCCCUUCCGCGGGCGCCAUAGAGACGGGGCGGGCGGAGCGGCCUCCCCUCGGCGGCGCUCUGUACGCGGGCGCAGCCCCGGCUCGCUGGUGCGGGCGGGAAGGCGCUGCCGCGGCAUGGCGGGCGAGGGCGACUCUGAGUCGGGGAAGUCCUUUAAACUCCUGGGAUUUCUCGAUGUUAAAAAUGUUCCAUGUGCACGAGAGUCAGUGCUCUAUGGCUCCUUGGGGGCUUUAGUUAUGGGUCUUGGACAUUUUUUAGCAACUAGCAGAGUCAGAAGAUCUUGUGAUGUUGCAGUUGGUAGCUAUAUUUCCACAAUGUUAGGAUACUGGUUUUACUGCAGGUACACCUUGGCCCAGCAAAGGAUCCGGCAAAGAAUGCUUAAAGAAGGAAUCAAAAACAGAAUUUUAUUUGAAGGCAGUUAUCUUGAUCCAGAAAACAAACAAACUGGCAGUGAAAGAAGUGAUUCAUAGGUUGCUCCGGAAGAGUUGUGGUUUAAUACAUUUUUGGGAAAAGGUGGUCCAAAAAAAAGUCAGUCUACACUGCAAGCCUGUGAGGUGUCUAAAACUGGUAAAUCAUGGUUUUCCUAGCAAACCUGAGCAGGAAAUUCAUAGUGAAUCUGUUAAGUCGGUACAAGCCUUGCUUUGUUUCAUGUAUGUAUGUAUGUGACUGCACACAUUUGGAAUGACGUCCUGUUAAUCAUCUGGGAGCUGGUGCGUUCUCUUCAGGGUCUCAGAGGAUUGACAACAGUGAUUUGGGACUGCUUUAACUUCCAUUAUAAACAGAGUGUGGUUUGUUUUAGCAAAGUUGUAAUUACAUCUCGUUUAAAUAGAGGAAAAUAUUUUCAUCACCUGUUGAGUAAAUGCUAUUAUUAACAGUGCUGUUUGUGAAACAGGAAUAUUUGAACAGUAGGAGAAGGCUUUGCUUGUGCAAAGUGGGUGAUAGUCAGCAGCCUUUGUAAGAUUUCAGCUGCAGGAUAACCAGAUAACUUACAUACAUUGUGAAGCUGAAGGUUUUCCAUCUUUGUUCUGUUUCAAACUAUGAAUAAAAUCACACUUCAGAGCAGUCUAAA